UCACGAGGGGUGGUGGUGAGGGGGAUGGACUUGGGUAUAUAAUUCAGAGCCACCUGGGCCCUGAUGUGACAACAUACACCGCAGCUGAGAUGGCCCCAAUGCUCGUUCUCGCCCUGUUGGCCCUCUUGGGGUCCACCACUGCCAAAAGACUCCAGGUGUCGGGCACGAACCUGACCUACGGGGACGAGGUGGUGUUCCUGAGCGGGAGCAACAUCGCCUGGCAUAACUAUGGCUAUGACUUCGGCAACGGCGCCUACGACGGAACCAUCGCCACCUGGGUCCAGGAGAUUGCCGACGCCGGCGGCAACUCCAUCCGAGUGUGGGUGCACGUGGAGGGCGACAACACCCCGAACUAUGACACCGACGGCUUCGUCACCGCCUGCGACAGGACUGGCACCUUCGAGAACGAUGUUCUCUCGCUGCUGGACGCUGCUGAAGAGAGCAACGUGGUUGUGAAUCUGUGCAUGUGGAAUGCCGCUGUCCUCAGAAACCAGAAAACCAUUGAUCUCUUGUAUGACGACGCCAAGCUUGACGCCUAUUUAGAGAACUGCCUCACUCCCCUGAUGGAGACGAUCAAGGGACACCCCGCCCUGGGGUCCUACGAGGUGUUCAACGAACCUGAGGGCAUAGUGCUGGUUGAGAGCAAUACCGACCCGUGCUACGACACUACCCAAAUUGGUGUGCAGGGAGCCGGUUGGGCUGGAAAUGAAAUCCCCAUGGAGAACAUACUUAGAUUCAUCGGGCGACAGAACCAGGCCGUCCGCAGCAUCGACCCGGAGACGCUGAUCACUAUCGGUGCCUGGAGCCAAUUCUCUGCGAACGACGUGUUCCCCAACUCAAACAACUUCUACACCGACACCUGUCUCAACCAGGCUGCCGGCGGUUCUGACGCCCACAUUGACUACUACCAGAUGCACACUUAUGACUGGCUAGAGGCUUGGACCAUCGAUGCUCCCUUCACGGUUGACGCCCCUGACUACGUGCUUGACAAGCCCUUAGUAAUUGGAGAGUUUGCGUCUGUCCGAGGAGCUGGAACACCUCUACCAGACCUCUUGGUGUACGCCUACGAACACGGCUACAACGGCGCUUGGACCUGGCACUUCAAUGGUGAGGGAGACGUUACUGACACACGGGAGGACCAGGUGGAAGCUCUUGGAUACCUGGUCGGCCGCACUGAUAACGGCGUCAUUGACUUCACCGUCGAGUAGUUGACCAGAUGAUGUUCCUCCCGGCAAUCCCCUGGACUCUCUCACCAUGCACUCUCCACCUCUUUUUUCCCCCUGCAACACCCUGGACUCUCAUACACUCUCAGUUUUUGUUCCUCCCUGCAACACCCUAGACUCUCAACAUGCACUCUCCAACUCUUGUUCCUCCCUGCAACACCUUGAACUCAUCACCCACCCACCUACACUCUGACAGAAAAAGUUUACGUACAGUUCAGUAUAGCUGAAAUCAUAAACUUGCAUUCUAUUUUGUGCAUGCUCCACAAUUUUCAUCUAUUGUAACGCGUGAUAAAUCUCCAAAGCAAAAUGAAAUUAAAAUUUUGAGGAACGAAUCAUGAAGCGAAAAUAAACUGUACAUUAUCAACUGAAAUAUUCAACUUAGAAUGUAUUUCCUUGCAUAAUAAAUAAAACGUACUGUAUGCUAAA